GUGUGUGUGUGUGUGUGUGUGUGUGUGUGUGUGUGUGUGUUAAACAUGCAGGUGAAAGCAAUGAUAAACAUGGAUGAGUUGCUGCAGACCAAGUCAAUCAUCAGCGACAAGGAACAUGUGCGGUACUUCUCUUCUGUGUCCCCCCCUGAUGAUUUUGGCGUCAUUGAAAUAGUGCUAAGAUUUGAAAGCCAUGGCAUCAUGUCCCAACACUUCAAGGCAUUAAAGCCAGGUGACAGGAUGGAGUUUCAGGGUCCUUGUGGAGGGUUCGAGUACACGCCGAACCAACUGCACGAAUCGACUCUGCUGGCCUCCGGAGGAGAAAUCACACCCAGUAUGCAGCUUGUCCGCUCAUCCUGAAGAACUCAGCAGACAAAACCAACAUUAAAUUGCUCUACUUCUCUGAAAACUACAAUGAUAUACUAUACAAAGAAGAAUUGGAUAAGUAUAGAGAACAAGACAGUCGCCUGCAGGUGGUGUACACACUGGGUGAGGCGCCGGAAGAGUGGGAGGGUGAAGAGGGAUUCAUUAGCUCACAGAUGCUUGACAAACAUGUCGCAAAACCUAAUAUGGAGAAACACAAGAUUGUUAUGUGCGGUGGUCCUGCAAUGAUCAUCUCGUAUCUGUACUCCCUUCGCUCCCUCAACUAUCCCUCUGACUUCAUAUUCAUCCAUGGCCGAUUUGGAACGGAACAGGUGAAGACUGUGUAUGGGAGAAAUGUGAAGCUUUCAACCCAUCGAUGCGACAACGUCCUGUAGCACACCACUCACAGGGAGUGUGAACGAGGGGA